AUGCGGUCGGCGCUUGUGCUGCUGGGAUUGCUGGCGAGAUGCGUAGCAGGCUAUCAGGUGCUCGUGACGGAUCAGGACGAGGUCCGGCAGGUCUGCAGCGGGAUGUGGGGCAAGGGAGCGCAGGAUCCGUUCAUCGAGGUCCUGUUUUCGCCGUCCUCCCGAGGUCAGGCAGCCCUUGUUGUGUACGAGUGGCAGGAUGCGAAGUACUUGGGCGUCGGGGCAGACGGGCAGCAAGGUGAUAACGACUGGUCCGAAGAUCGGGUAUACAUCUGCACCGUCGACGCACAGCAGAAAGGGCUAUGCACGACCGAUCAGCUUGGCCAGUUCAUCACCUCGGCCUCUACACCCGCCGAAUCUUCCAUCUACACCUCGCCAGUCCGCUUCGAUUCCUCCUCGGCCGGCGACGCGCCUACGACGAACUCGGGUCGAGGGCCAUAUCGUUACGAGGUCUCGAAGACCGGGUACUACUGCGUCGGCAUCGUCCCCGUCGCGCUCGAAGGCGCGAAGAACAACUCGACUUUCAUGAGCGUCGUCGACUUCGAGAACGUCUUCAAGGGCCAUCUGCCGGCGAGCGAGUAUCCCAAGGUCGCUUUCUACCGGAUCCUGUUCCUCGUCUACCUCGGCUUCGGCGCCUUCUGGGCGAUGCUGAGCUGGACCUACCGCCGCGACCUCCUGCCGCUCCAGAAGUACAUCACGGCGACGGUCGCCUUCCUCGUCGUCGAGCAGAUGUUCGUCUGGCUCUACUACCGCUUCCUAAACAACUGGGGCCACCCGGGCGUCGCCGGUGCAUACCUUUUCACCAUCGCGGCGCUCAACGCGGCGAGGAAUAGCGUCGGCCUGUACCUGCUCUGCCUCGCAAGCAUGGGCUUGUCGAUUGUCCGCCCCUCGCUCGGCGGAGUCCUCGCGCGCGUCCGCCUCCUUGCGCUGUUCCACUUCAUCUUCGGCCUUUUCUACUCGAUCGGGACCGUGACGAUCCCCCUCGAAGCAGCCGGCUUCUUCGUCCUCUUCUUCGUCGUCCCGCUCUCCAUCUCCCUCACAUGCUUCCUCCUCUGGAUCAUGUACUCGCUCAACUCGACCAUUUCGGACCUCGGCGCGCGGCGGCAGACUUACAAGCGAAAGAUGUUCCGCCGACUCUACGCCAUCCUCCUCGGCGCCUGCAACUUCAUCGCGCUUUUCUACAUCGCGUCAAGCAUCACCUUCUCGACCCGCCUCGACCCCGGCUUCCCAGCCAAGACGUGGAAGUGGCGCUGGCUCCUGAUCGACGGCUGGCUUUCAAUCCUCUAUGCCGCCGUCUUCUUCGCCAUCGCCUUCCUCUGGCGACCGAGCGGGACGAACCGCCGACUCGCGCUGAGCGACGAGUUGCCCAUGAGCGAGAACGAGGCGGACAUGUACGAUGUCGAUUCGAUGCUGCCUGAGGAGGACCGCGAGGACGCCGGCGAGCUCAAGGGCGAGACGUACCCCUUGACUCGGGUGUCGGGCGACGGAAGGCGCGAGCAUGUCGUCUUCGAUGUCGGGAGCGAGGAGGAGGGCGAGGAAGACGACGAGGAGACGCCGCUCGGGCACGGGAGGAACGGCAAGUCGAGCUUUGAGCGGAGGGCGAGGCGGACCAGCAGCAGUACGGAUGGACGGAGCGAUGGCGAGGACGGGUUCGACAUUACGCGGCAGCACCAGGCCAAGAAGGAGGAGGAGGAGCCUCCUGAGUACGAGCCGUACAAGGACGACUAG